AUGCUCGAGAACUUCGGCAACAAGCUCAUCUUUCCCGCGCCGGUGCCGUCGUAUUCCGCCACGUCCUACAAGCGCCACCUCUGCUGGAUACCCUGGAGCAGGGUGAUCUCGCCCAGCAGGGCGGCGGAGCGAGAGGACGGCAUCCCAUGCCUGUGGUUCCCAGCCCCGAAGGCGGCCACGGUCUUGCUGUUUUUCCACGCCAAUGCGGAGGACCUUGGCAUGUGCUUUCAAGUGCUGAAGCACAUGAGGGACCAGUUCAAAGUCAACGUUCUGUCGGUGGAAUACCCCGGGUAUGGCUUACUGCAGGACCUGCCUGCAUCGGAGGAUGGAGUGUACGAGGUGGCCCUGACUGCUCUGCGCUUCAUCGUUGACGAGAUCGGCGUUCGGUAUUCCCAGAUAAUUCUGUUUGGCCGGUCACUGGGUAGUGGCCCUGCUGUUUAUCUGGCAGCUCGGUACCCAGUUGGAGGCCUCGUCUUGGUGUCCCCCUUCUCCUCCAUCAAGGGCGCCGUGCAGAGCAUCGUGGGGCAGGUAUUCGCGUGGUCUAUCACCGAGCGGUUUCCGAACCUCAAGGUCAUUUCGAACGUGUCGUGCCCCGUUCUGUUCAUCCAUGGCGAAAGCGAUUCGCUUAUACCAGCAGAGCAUUCCUUGCGGCUCUUCAAGAGAUGCCGUGCCAGGAAGCUGCUGGUCACGCCUCCGAAGAUGGAGCACAACUCCAACCUAUUCUCGGACGCCUCAUUCCUCGCCGUGCCGGCGAUCCACUUUUUCGG